CGGAUUCUCAUUGGGUGACAGCUGCUUAAUCUGAGAGCUCAAUAUUUUGUAACAGCUCCGGUUUAAGCAGUUAUUUAUGGAUUUACGCUGGUAGAGACAAUAUACGCGAAUUAACGUGAAACGAAAUGACAAGACUUGUCGGAAAUGGAGUCUAAAUCCUCAGUAGUGUGAGAACGUGAAAUUUUUUUAAAAAUCUGUAUGACUUCAGUUUAAACUGUAAGAAACUCCAUUAAGGGAUCUUUUUUUCAAAGACUGCAAUCGUAUCACUCCAAUCUGUGUUUCCUGUGGAAACGUUUUGUUUUCUUACUCUUCACAAAGUCUGUCACAGUGCUCCCUUCUGGGGCCAUGCCCCACCUGUUGAACAAUGACACUUCCUUCAGCUCCAAGCAAGAGCUCUUGGUCCUACAUGACAGUCCAUUGGGACCCAGCUUGGACACUCCCAGCCCAGUGGAGUCCCAGGGCUCUGUUCCAGGCAGCCCAUCUGGAGAUGCCUGCACUGUACUCCACAACACAGACAAAAAGGGGAUUGACCUCAUAGAGCCGCCCAAUGGGGUGAAGUUUGUUCCGGCAGACUCUGAGAAUCUUUGUGGAUGGGGAGCACUGACCCCACGGUGUAUCCAGACCUUCAACACCCCACGCUGGGUUCUCUUCUUUCUCUGUGUGGCCUCCUUCCUCCAGGGCAUGAUCAUCAAUGGCUUCAUCAACACUGUCAUCACCUCCAUUGAGAGACGUUUUGACCUGCGCAGCUACCAGGCGGGACUCAUUGCGAGCUCCUAUGACAUUGCUGCUUGUGUGUGUCUGAUAUUCGUGAGCUACUUUGGUGGUACUGGUCAUAAGCCUCGAUGGCUGGGCUGGGGUGUGCUCAUCAUGGCACUGGGCUCUCUGGUCUUUGCCCUGCCCCAUUUCACCACACCUCCUUAUCAGGUGAGAGUCCCGGAGCGUAUGGGACUGUGCUCAGCCAAUCAAACCGAGGCAUGUGUUGGCGAGGAAGGUGGGCUUUCGGCUUAUCGUUACAUCUUUAUGCUGGGCCAGUUUCUGCAUGGGGUCGGAGCAACCCCUUUGUACACCCUCGGGGUCACGUACCUAGAUGAGAAUGUCAAGUCAAACUACGCACCUGUAUAUAUAGGGAUCUUCUACACAGCUGCCAUUGUAGGACCUGCGGCUGGAUACUUGCUGGGUGGAUUCUUUCUCAACAUCUACACAGAAAUUGGCCAAACGACAGAGCUAACUCCUGAAAAUCCGCUGUGGGUGGGAGCUUGGUGGAUUGGUUUCCUGGCAGGAGGAGCGGCAGCUCUGGUUAUCGCUCUGCCUAUACUGGGUUAUCCACGACAGCUACCAGGCUCUCAGCGGUAUGUGGCCAUGCGGGUCUCAGAGGCCCACCAGCUGAAGGACGGCAGUCAGGUCACUGCAGCUGAUCCUCAGUUUGGCAAAACAGUAAAGGACAUGCCCAGGUCAGUGCUGCUUCUUUUGAAGAACCCUACCUUCAUCUUUCUGUGUCUCGCUGGUGCCACAGAGGCCACGCUCAUAGCUGGAAUGUCCACGUUUGGCCCCAAAUUUCUAGAGUCUCAGUUUAGUCUGAGUGCUUCAGAGGCAGCAACCUGGUUUGGUUAUAUGGUGGUACCAGCUGGUGGAGGAGGCACCUUCCUGGGUGGCUUCAUUGUAAAGAAGCUGAACCUUCGCUGCCGCGGGAUUAUCCGUUUCUGCAUGCUGUGCGCAGUGGUCAGUCUGAUGGCUAUCUUCAUCUUUUUGGUACACUGUCCUAAUGUGCCCAUGGCAGGAGUAACUGCCCCAUACUACAAUAACUUAAAACACAACCACUACAACGCCCCCUACCUGCAGACAGAGAUCCAUAACAACAGCUUCUCAGAUCUGGGCAAUUUGACCGCAUUCUGUAACAUUGACUGUCACUGUGUUGAGGAGUUGUUUAACCCCGUGUGUGGUGCGGAUGGAGUGAUGUAUUUCUCUCCCUGCCAUGCUGGCUGUAGCUCCCUCAGCCACACAGACAGCCCCAGAGGCAGACAGGUGUUCUCUGGAUGCAGCUGUGUGGUGGGAAAUAUAUCAUGGGGAGAACAAGGUUUUGCUGAAGAAGGGAGGUGUGUGUCAUCCUGCAAUCACAUGCCGGCCUUCCUCACCUUCCUCUUCGUCGUCAUCUUCUUCACUUUCCUCUGCAGCAUCCCUGCACUUACUGCCACACUCAGGUGUGUUCCUGACAGUCAGAAAUCGUUUGGACUUGGAAUCCAGUGGAUCGUAGUAAGGACUCUAGGUGGGAUCCCAGGGCCUAUAGCGUUCGGCUCUGUGAUUGACAUCUCCUGCCUGCUGUGGGAGGAGCAGUGUGGGGAAUACGGCUCCUGUUACCUGUACCACAACUCAGACAUGAGCCAGUAUACACUCAUCGCAGGCAUCAUCUACAAGGUUUUAGGCACUAUUUUCUUUUUUCUGGCUGCCAUGCUCUACAAGCCGCCCCCCGAGACUCCUCAGAGCAGCUGUGAGAGCACAGAUGUGGGAGGGGGCGAAGCCAGAGACCUGCCAAUCAAAGACGUCCCCGCUGAGAUCAUUCCCAACCGGCACGCCAAAUUAUGACCUCAGUCUACAAAUACACCGUCACCUCAGCUCAAAGUGUGUGUGUACGCCUCUGUGUGCAUGUGUGUUGUGUAUAAAGUCAACACCAUCACUGUUGACUGUGCCCCUUCCUGCUGGCUGUACAUCGUUCCCAACAUGCAUUUGUGAUAUGUUCCCAUAUACUGUCAUUGGCCCACCAGUCUCAGAGUUACCAACCCAGACAUGAGGACUAAAAGCAUUUAUGUCACAAUAAAUGACCAAAAGUCAAAGGUGAAAUCAGAGCAUAUAUGUUACAUAAACAGAACCUACCAAAAGCAAACAUAAUUGUAAUUUGACAAAAGAUUAUUUAUGCGUAUAAACUGAUAAUAUUUAUAUAAUUUAAAUGUCAAUUUAGAUCAUUUUUUAAAAGAAAAAGCCAUAGAUGAUAUAGAAAAAGAGCACUUAAUAUAAAUGUUAUGGAAAGAGAGUAAUAUAACUGUGCAGGUGUUAUAAAGUGUUAAGCUGUUAUGAAAUAUAGUGAAUUCAAAUGCUGCUCAGUUGUACAAAAAAACUGAAAAUUAUAAACUGUGCCUUUAAAAUGAGUUUUGCAUUAGUCAGCACAGUUUGAAAGAGAUAGUACAGAAAAAACAAACAAAAUAACCAUUAAAAUUUUCAACUUGCAAACCCUUGAAUCUCUCUAAAUUGCACUUUAAACUCACUUCACUGAUGGAAAUAUACAUCUGAACCAUGUACAGUAUUGAACAACAUACCAUUAAACCAAUGCAACAUUACACAAUUCUAGUCCACAUUUUGAUACCAUCUAAAGCAUGUAUGACUUGUGAUUCAUGUAUUUGAUUUUCAUAAAUUCUGAAUAUUUGUAACAUUUUAAAAUGUACCAAAAUACUGUAGCUCAAGACUGAGCAGGACAGAAAGGCUUCAAGGUGUGAGGUCUCAUAGAGAUGCAAGUGAGAGACGAAAAGGCAACAAGUUUACAAAAUGAACUUUUUGUAACUGUAUACCAGGUUGAAAAAUACCACCCAAGAUGGGAUAUUUUUGAAAAGCACUUCACUUUGAGAUUACUCAAAGGAUACUUUCUCGGUUGCUCAUAAAAUAAUCAUGCAGCAAUUUUUUAUAAUUUUUUUUUUUUACAUAAAAGUACCCCAAGCUGCUUAAAUCCAAAUAAUAAAAAAUAACAAAUAUUUGCCACAUGAACCUAAUUUGCUUAUAUUAAGUGCUACUAAACCAUCUCACCAAUGAUACUUUAUGUAGAGGUUUUUAUUUAUUAUUAAAUGCAUUUGUUAGGAUUAUUUUCUAAUGUCUCUUGUUAUUAUUAUAUUGUUUUUUUUCCCUGCUUUAAUGGAUUUUGAUGGAUUACAUCACAUCUCUGAUGACAAAUGCUGAAUGCCUAUGAUGAUUGGAAAUUGAGGAUUUGCACAAUGAAACUGAACAUACAACAACAAAGAGUAACAUGAUAUUUGUAUUUGAAUUUGUGUUGGUUCUUGUGUAUUUUUUACUCCAAUGACUUGAAAUGAAAUGUGUCUUGUGUCACAAAAGGAGUUCGCAAGUGGGCCUGUUAUUGUCUUUAUUGAUAUUUGUUCCUGUAUUUUAUUUUAUUUUAUAUUUUUAACCACAGUUUCAAAACACUUGUAAUAAGUUUUGGUAUUUUCUUUAUAAAGUCAUUUUUCAUGCA